ACCACUUAACCCAAUUAGUCAUAUCACAAUAAUCGAAGUUCUUAUUUCAACUCAAAGCGAGUCAAAAGCUGUGCUGUACCUCGCCCUCCCCUUUAUUCUACGCACCCUCUCUGCUUAUCCUGCACUCCCUCACCGUUUCGUCGACUCAAAUACUCAACACUACGCAUCUUCUCCUUCACAUACAUCACUCUCCACCGCUUCAACACUCUCAUCUCAACAGUUUCACUCUCUCGUUUCGUUGUUUCAGGAAAGAAUCAUGAGUUGUUUCAGCUGUUGCCAAGAGGAUGAUAUCCACAAGGUUGCUGAGAGUGGUGGACCAUAUAUUGUAAAAAAUCCAGCAGGGAAUGAUGGAAAUUACCAUGCUUCCGAGUCUACAAAACCGGGAGCUCAGACUGUUAAAGUGCAGCCCAUUGAAGUUCCAGAGAUACAGGCCGAUGAACUUAAAGAAGUUACUGAUAACUUUGGACAAGAUUCUCUGAUUGGAGAGGGAUCAUAUGGAAGAGUUUAUUAUGGAGUUCUUAAGAAUGGCCAGGCUGCAGCAAUCAAGAAGUUAGAUGCCAGUAAACAGCCUGAUGAGGAAUUCUUGGCCCAGGUUUCUAUGGUAUCAAGGCUGAAACAUGAUAAUUUUGUCCAAUUGCUUGGAUACUGCGUUGAUGGAAACAACCGUAUUCUUGCUUAUGAGUUUGCAUCUAAUGGUUCUCUUCACGACAUUUUACAUGGCAGAAAAGGGGUUAAAGGAGCACAACCCGGUCCAGUUUUGACAUGGGCACAAAGAGUGAAAAUUGCUGUAGGGGCUGCAAGAGGGCUUGAAUACUUGCAUGAGAAGGCUGAUCCCCAUAUUAUUCAUCGGGACAUCAAGUCAAGCAAUGUGCUAAUCUUUGAAGAUGAUGUUGCAAAAAUUGCAGAUUUUGAUUUGUCAAAUCAGGCUCCAGACAUGGCCGCACGUCUUCAUUCCACUCGUGUCCUUGGAACCUUUGGUUAUCAUGCACCUGAAUAUGCAAUGACUGGACAAUUAAAUGCUAAGAGUGAUGUGUACAGUUUUGGUGUUGUCCUUUUGGAACUUUUGACCGGAAGAAAACCUGUUGAUCAUACACUACCACGUGGACAGCAGAGUCUGGUUACUUGGGCUACACCAAAACUCAGUGAGGAUAAAGUCAGACAGUGUGUUGAUACAAGACUAGGAGGAGAAUACCCACCAAAAGCUGUUGCUAAGAUGGCUGCUGUUGCUGCAUUGUGUGUGCAAUAUGAAGCUGAUUUCAGACCUAACAUGAGCAUUGUAGUCAAAGCUCUUCAACCUUUGUUGACUGCCCGAGCUGGACCUGCUGGCGAAACAGCAAAUUAACCUCUCUUUAUCUUUUUCUAUAUCUGUGAGUAUGUUUACAAGUGUGCAUGCAAAAUAUAAGAGACUGCUUCAGAAGCUGGUAUUAAAUUGGUCGAACAAGGCUUUUUGUCCCAAAGGUUACACUGCAUUCAUUUUGUUCAUAAUCCAUGAGGCUGUUUGGGGUU